AUGGAUUCCAAACGCAGUAGAUUGUCGGUGAAUCCGAUAACAUUGGGGUUCCAAAUCUGGCAGCGCGCACUCGACUGGACUCUGUCACCCAAAGCUCCUGACCCAAACACGAAGCUUCACCGGCCCAGAGUAGCCGUGAUUGGAGCUGGCAUCACUGGAAUAACAUCUGCAGCACACUGCAUUGGACACGGAUUCGAUGUCGCCAUUUUCGAAGCUGGGGGGGAGGAGAGCAUUGGAGGCAUCUGGAGUAAAGUCAACGAUACCUCCGGACUCCAAAUCAAUGCUGCCAUGUAUCGCUUCCACCCUUCCGUCAACUGGUCGCGUGGCUAUCCGAACCGGCAAGAGAUCGUCGAGCAAGUCAACAUCCUUUGGAAACGCUAUAAGCUGCCUGCACGCACACACUUCCACACGCCCGUCAGCAAGGUGUACCGGAACGAAGCAGGACAAUGGAUCAUCAACGAGCCGGCCAACGGGACCUUUGACGGCGUCAUUGCCGCCGUCGGAACAUGUGGAGACAAAAAGAUGCCACACAUUGAGGGCAUAGAGAGCUUCAAAGGCUCUGUCUUCCACUCGAGCAUGCUGAACGGGGAGUCUGCAAAGGACAAGAAAGUGGCCAUUAUCGGCGGUGGUGCGAGUGCGGUAGAAGCCCUCGAAUUUGCUAGCAAAACAGGCGCAGCAAAGACGUACAUUUUGUCCAGGAGCGAGAAGUGGAUCAUCCCGCGCAACCUCUUUGCCGACAUUCUGUUUUCACUCAACAUCUGGGGCCAAGAGACGAUUCUCUCCUGGAUCCCGGAGACGCUGCUGCGCACGUUCUUCUACGGCGACCUCAAAUCCAUCGCGCCUCCAGCCGGCUCAGACUCGGGCAUCUUCACCAACACGCCCAUGGUCAACUCGGACAUCAUGGAAAAGCUGCGGGACGGCACGGCCGAAUGGGUUCGUUGCGACAUUGAGCGGAUUGUAGAGAACGGCGUCGAGGUCAACCGCCGCGCCCAAGGCGUGCCCAAAGGCGGCCCCGGACGGCAGCAGGUGGUCGAUGCCGACAUGAUCAUCAUGGCAACCGGCUUCAAGCGGCCACCGCUGUCGUUCUUGCCCGCAGACUGCUUCGAAGAGCCGUAUGCGGCGCCCAACUGGUAUCUCCAGACCUUUCCGCCGAGCCAUCCGUCUGUGUCGGCUAUUAAUUGCACCUAUGUGGCCGCCAUCGGGACGGUUGGCAAUUGGCACAUUGGCAUCUACACGCGCAUCCUACUCAUGUUUCUGGUCGACCCGCUGACACGGCCGAGUCGUUUCUGGAUGACGCGCUGGAUCGAUAUGACCUGCUUCCUCAAGGGAAACUCGCCCACUAAGGCUUUCGACUUCUUCACGUACUUGGAGCUACUGUGGUGGUUCCUGUUCUGCGUCGUCAUCAACCCCUUUCGCUGGAAGUGGGCAGUCUUUGUCUUUUUCGGCAUUGGCCUGGGCCUCCCAAAGGCCAUCAAUCGAGCGGAAGCGCGCAUUCUGGCACGUGCUGGAUACAGCAAAGAUGAGCGUCGCGACCAAGGGAAGAGCCUCGUGUUUACUGCCUCUGUACUCCGUAACCUCGCGCCAGAACUGCAGCCGAGCCUUCUCAGACACGACACAACAUACGCGCAAACAGAAGCCGAAAUGAACAAUCCUGUCAAGGAGAUCCCUGCCGUCAUUCUAUCUCUUUGCACUCGGCCGCAGGCAGAGCAGGAGGCCACCAUCGACCGAUACUUUCUGAAAGACGCCUCGUUUGUGCACCCGUUCUGCUACGUCCCCCCGAUUGCGACCCUCUACGACAUCGUGCCCUGGCCUUUCUCACCAGUCGUCGGGAUCACGGGCGAUAUCAACUCCCGUCGCAUCGUUCGGGCCAUCUUUCGCUGGUACAAGAUUCUUAGCCCGGACAUUGAUAUCGCUAUUGACUCCAUCGCCUGGGACGAGGCACAAUGCAUCCUGUACGUGAGCAUUCACCAGCGCUUCGCUCUCUGGUUCGUCCCGUUCUACGCGGCCAAAGUCCAUCUCAUCACUGAGCUCCAGCUGGAGCCCGUAGGCGAGAGCGGCACCGAAUCCCGGCCGGUCUACUACAUCUCCCGCCAAGAGGACCACUAUCAGCUCACCGAACUCCUCAAAUUUGUCCUGCCCAAAGUCGGUCCUGCUUCUUGGACCAUCUGGCAGCUUUUUUCUACCUGGCUCUGCUAUGUCGGCGUUUUGUUUGUCGACGCAGUAUUGGGUCUGUUCGGCAAAACGAAGCUUUUGCCUUGGCGGAAAAACCAUGUAUGA